AAAAGGAAGUCGAGUGAAAAACCCAACCCACAGUUUCUUCUCUCUCAUUUCUUGCUCACUCUCUCUCUUUCUCUGUUUUUUUUUCCUCUGAGGUUUCCUAAUUUCUCUUAGCUUUGUAGCUUUCUGAUGUUUUUGGUUAUUGAAGAAUUUCGAUUACGGGUUUCCCAAUGCAUAAUCUUGUGAUUUCAUGCAUAAAAGUUCUUUGAUCACUGAUUCGAUUCGUUCCGGAUUUUUUUUCCUGUGAGAAUUCAAUAGUGGGGAGUAGAAAUGCUGGAGGCAGUUGAGAGUUCUGUCAAUGGCGUUUUUUCACAGUUGCAUAGCUGUGGAGAUAGUAGCGAAGAGGAGCUGUCUGUGCUUCCUCGUCACACUAAAGUUGUUGUUACUGGAAACAAUCGGACGAAAUCCGUGCUAGUUGGUCUCCAAGGCGUGGUGAAGAAAGCUGUUGGGCUUGGCGGUUGGCAUUGGCUGGUUCUCACAAAUGGUAUAGAAGUGAAGUUACAGAGGAAUGCCCUUAGUGUUAUUGAAGCUCCAACCGGUCAUGAGGAUGAUGACGACCUUGAGUGUGAAAACCUGCAUUGGAAUGGUUCAGAUAUGAGUGAGAAUAAUAAACAUUCAUCUGAUGACACUCAGAAAUCUCACAGACCAAGGCAUCGGUCGCAGAGGUCUGUUGGGUCAUCUCAUAAAACCAUGAGCCGGUCUCUUUCCUGUGAUUCACAAUCUAAAGGAUCUGUUUCACCUGCUCGGGGUGCUGCAAUUGACCUUAGUAAGCUUGAAAUGGCGGCAUUGUGGAGAUAUUGGAAGCACUUCAACCUUGUGGAUGCCAUUCCCAACCCAUCAAAGGAGCAGCUGAUUGAUGUUGUUCAGAGGCAUUUUAUGUCACAGCAAUUGGACGAGUUGCAGGUAAUUGUGGGCUUCGUGCAGGCUGCAAAGAGACUGAAGACAGUCUGCAACUGACCUUGAUAGAGAUGAAAAACUUUGUAUUUCGAUUUCGGCACUAACAAAUUCUGGUAUCAUAUGUUCACUUCCCUCAGUCUGUAGUAAUGUCCUGUAACAUAAUAUGUAUCCUUUGGCUUGUUUCUCCUUGUUCCUUUUCUUAUCAGUGAUUCGGGUUGAUGAGUUGGAAGUUAGUAGUCUAGUUAUGUAGAUAUGUAAGGUGAACUUGAAGUAGAAUUAUGUAUUACUAAAUACGCUUGAUAAAUUCAGUUCACUGUUUUGAGGGAA